GUGUAUGAGCUAGCUUCAGCUUGCGGCUAAAUUUCUCUCCUCGUCAAAUCUCAAAUCCCCGGACUUUUUCCCUAAUAAAACCCAAAGCAAGGCAAGAGGAAAAAGAAGAAGAGAUCUAAAGGUGCACCAACCUCUCUCUUUCUAUGCUAAAAGCUUCUCUUUUCUUCUAUCUUCUUCUGCAAUAGUUUCAGAGAUUUCGACGGACCCCACACACAUAUAUAUAUGUUUUAAUUGUAUAUACAUAUAUAUGUUUGAUGUUUGUGAAGAUUGAGUUUUUAGCUAUUGAAGGAGAUAUCUUUCUAUAUGUAAUAGUUUUGUUAUUAUCAUCGUCAUUGUGGCUACCACAAGAAGGCAACUGCCGUCGGACUCUGUAGGAGCCUUUGCAGAUUGGGCGACUUCAUCGGCCACAUCAAUCCGAGCUGGCCCCGAUGACCUUUCCCUUGGCUUUAAUGCUAACGCCGCAGCCGCUUCUGCUGCCGCCGUUCCCCCGGGAUCCACCAACACUCAAUGGCCACCCUCAGCUCGUUCUGUCAACUACGGGCUUCCCCCUGAAAUGGGGAUGGUCGGUCUCCGGGAUUUCGUCGUCGUUUCUCCGGCGUCGUUUAACCACCACCACCACCAUCAUCACCAUCACCAUACUCAAGAUCCCAUCAUGUCAAACGAUCAAAUCAGCGGUCCGAAUGCUUCGACGGCUCUUGGUGUCGGCGUUGGCGUUUUCCCUCUACUUACAACGGCUCCUUGUCUAGCUCCACUAAAUGUGGACGACUCUGAUUUGUUCAAUAACAAUAGUCGUAACAAGCUCAGUGGGAUGCAGCUAUGGCAGAAUCAGAAUUCUUCCCCUCACGAUUAUCUUAAGAAACCAUCUUCUUUCCCUGACAACAAUAAUUUGAUACAAAGCAGUGGCGGCGGCGGCGGGGGGAUGGGAGGUGAUGCAAGUGGUGGUUCGGGUUCAAGCUCGACGACCACGUGUCAAGAUUGCGGGAACCAAGCUAAGAAAGGCUGUUCCCAUAGGAGAUGUCGAACAUGUUGUAAAAGUCGAGGUUUUGCUUGCCCUACUCACGUGAAGAGCACGUGGGUACCUGCUGCUAGGAGAAGAGAACGUCAGCUCAUGGCGGCUGCCGCCACCACCGCCGGUGCUGGAUCAUCGGGUUCGACUUCCGGAGCCAAGAAACCGAGGCUCAUAACUUCGAAAAACACUAGUAGCUUUGACACUAGCUCAAGUAACCAAGGCUUUAAAGAGACACUGCCAGUGCAAGUACGUGCGCCGGCGGUAUUCAAGUGCGUAAGAGUGACGGCGGUGGAGGACGGUGACGAUGAUUUUGCGUAUCAAGCAGUUGUUAAGAUUGGUGGACGUGUGUUCAAAGGAUUUCUUUAUGACCAAGGAGUUGAAGGAAGAGACGGGUUCCCUAAUAUGUCUGAAUUGAAUUUAGGUGGUGGUGGAGGCGGCUGUGGUAAUGGUGGUGAUGGUUGUGGAGGUGGUGCAAGAAGUGGUGGUCGUCUUCUCCGGUUCUCGAUCCUUCUGAAGUUUAUACAGCCACCGGAGGUUGCUUGCUUGGUGGUUCAAGUUAUGGUAAUCCAAUAAACUAAGGUCUCAUCUUUCCAGGUAGUGUAUUGGCUGUUCAUAUAAUGUUACCAUUGUAGCC